AUGAGGGCUUCUCGGUCGCCGACGCCACUACUGAUGGCGGCAGCGAUGAGCACGACUGGGCCGACUACGACAAAAGCGAUAGCGAUGGCGAUGAUGACGGAGAUUCUGAACGUCGUCAUCAUCAUCACCAUGAUGAGCAGGAUCAUCAUCGGCAACGGCAUCAUCAGCACCGGCAUAGGCGACAUCAAGGCAGAUAUCGUCGAGGAUGGUCUCGUCGUCAGGAGACUGUACCAAGAGAACGGGCUGCGAAGGAAGCAGCAUCCUCACCAUGGUGGGAGUCUCAGGUGCAAGAACAAGGAGAGAGAGAUGAGCGCCGUGUGGAACAGCUGCGCCGGAUCUGGCUCGUGGUGGUGGCUGCUGUCGUGCUCCUCCCUCCAUUUUUCUGGGGCGUGCUCGCGGUCGCGGCGGGCGUGA